CACGCAGCUAACGAUGAGACCAGUAAAUUCAGCACCAGGCACAGGAGAUCCAUCAUUUAACCUCAUGAAACAGUAGAGAGCACAUCUGUUUUUAUUCUAUUCCACUACAUUUAGAGGAGAAUAAAAAAGUGACUUACGCUAUGAUUAAACAUUUAAAAUAAAUGUGUUUUUUUUUUUUCUUUUCGGAUGAACAAAAAAUAAUCAAAAACGGAACCGACAAAUCAAGCAAGCAAAGUUCUAAGAGGGAUGAACCGCAUUAUGCCAACUCAACGGAAUUAAAAUUCAUUUUAAUCUGAUCUGGGAGAUUUUUUUGAGAAUGGAGAACUUCACAGUAUUCAACGAUACUCUGGAAACUUGGACUGACCGCAGUGUCGAAUACAAAGUGAUCAGCGUCCUCAUAGUUUUCCUCAUAUGCGCUUUCGGGAUAGUUGGAAACGUGAUGGUCAUCCUGGUGGUCCUCACCACCAAACAUAUGCGCACCCCGACCAAUGGCUAUCUGGUUAGUUUGGCUGUCGCAGACCUGAUGGUGUUGAUCGCAGCCGGUCUGCCAAGCAUAGCGGACAGUUUGUUCGGCUCAUGGAUUUUUGGGCACGCGGGGUGCCUGUGCAUCACAUACUUCCAAUAUCUAGGAAUCAACGCAUCCUCGUGCUCCAUAACAUCCUUCACUAUAGAGCGAUACAUCGCUAUAUGUCACCCAAUCAAAGCGCAGUUUUUAUGCACGCUCUCGCGCGCGAAGAAGAUCAUUUUUGGAGUUUGGGUUUUCACGUCUCUUUACUGCGUAAUGUGGUUUUACCUGUCCGAUAUCCAACAGGUUCUCUACAAGGAUGUGACUAUAAUAACGUGCGCUUACAAAGUGUCCAGAAACCUUUACCUACCCAUAUAUUUUGUCGAUUUUGGCAUCUUUUUUGUUCUGCCACUCACUCUUGCCACUGUCCUAUACGGCCUCAUCGCGAGAAUCUUGUUUCUUAAUCCUCUUCCGUCGGACCACAAGGAAGACAACAACGGGCAUGACAACUUCUCCAAAGCCAAAAAGAACAAAAUGAAGAAUUCCAGCCGCUGCUCCAGUACAACCGCAGCAUCCAGAAGACAGGUUACAAAAAUGCUGGCAGUGGUGGUUGUUCUGUUUGCUGUUCUUUGGAUGCCGUAUCGCACUCUGGUGGUGGUUAACUCUUUCCUGCAAGAGGCCUACCUGGACACCUGGUUUCUGCUGUUCUGCCGCACAUGUGUCUACCUCAACAGUGCCGUUAACCCUCUUAUCUACAACGCUAUGUCUCAAAAGUUCCGCGCUGCCUUCAGAAGGCUCUGCCGCUGCGGGCGCACCGCUCUGGUGAAUAAGGCAGCCUAUAGUGUGGCACUAACCUACAGUGUUGCCAAGGAAACGUCAACGGUGGAAAGCACAGGGCAUUUUUCAACUGAGAUAGACGAUUUGACACCGACAGAUGAGCUGUUUCCUGAUAAGAAGCUUCUGUAUCCGGAGACUUUCAGUCAGGCCUGAUAAACUCACAACAGCUACACACACCAUAAAUCUCUGAGUACUAGCGAUCUGCCAUAACACUACAGAUUGAACUGCAGGGACAGCACUUACAAAGUUUCUCUUUAUCGUUAUUUAAAAAAAAGUCAUGCUCAGCACAGUCAAAUUUAUCUUCCCGUCCCAUACACUUGCCAAACAGUUCCCUGGAAACUGUUCAGCUGAAAUUAAACCACUGUUAGAUUAGUUGCAUGGUUGCAUUAUUUGCUAAAGUAAUUAUUCUUAACUAAAUUUGCAGUGUAUUGCAUAUGUGAUGCAGGGUAAUCUGAAUACAUAUUAUUGAUCUGAAAACAUCUUUGGGGGUUGCCAUUGUGAUUAAUGAGUGGCCUUUUCUUCCCCUGCAGACCCCUGGGGGAAAAAAUGCUGAAACUGCUUUAUUCUGCAGUUGCAGUUGUAUCAAGAAUGUUCAAUGAGAGUUAACUUAGUUCACACCCCACUGUAUAUAAAUAUCUAUGUAUAAUACUUUUUUUUUUUUUCGAUCUAAACUUAAAAUGGAAGCGUAGCAAAUUUUUUGGUUAAUUUGAUUGGCCAUCUGACAUAAUGUCGCACUGAAAUAUAUUUAGACUCAAGUUGUAUGGGCACCUUUUAUGUAAGUUUAUUGUAAAUAAGCAAAAUUCGGAUGAAUGAAAGAAGGAAUGCAUGAAUAAAAAGAUAAAGGAGACAUUGUUACAUCUAUUUAUUUAUGUAAAAUAUUUUUUGUUCUCAAAGCUGAAUUGUAAUAUGUGCCACCAAAUGGAAAUGCAAAAAUAAUUAUUGUUUUCGCACAUGUUUCCCAAACACUCCCCUUGAUUGCCAUUGGUCGCUUAAAACACAUAGUCCCGCCCCAAACUCACACUAUUGGUUGAGCCAAUGUCCAACAGCUCAAACUUACAGAGAAAUGGUAAAAAGCACCACACUGUGUAGACUUUUAGGUGAAAUGAACCUAUGAGUACCUUGCUUAUAUUUAGUGACUUUACUCUUCAUAUUAAACUAAGAUGGAACAAAGUAAAACAUUUAACAUCUUUAAAUAUAAUAAAAGACUCUUUUGACUAUAACUGAUUUAGAUUACUAAAUAAAUGAAUGUAUGUAUGAAAAUUACAUCUGACAAAUGAAUAUUUCACCUUUUUUAAUUCACUCUCUUGUAUCAUAAAUGGGUAGACAGCAUAUGAUUGUAUUUGUGAGCUGAUGAGAUGAAUCUCAUCACAUGGGUUUGUAUAUGGUUUCUCAACAAAUGUGGCAAAAGAAGUUGCAUAUUUUCUUUAUCACAAUUGACUGUGUAUUCAAUUACUUUAAAUUAAUAUGUUGUGUUUUAGGUUUUUAAUAUAAUAUCUUGGUGGUGUUCAUGUGGAAAAUAGUCUUUUUAUGUCUGUUUCAAUGGUUAGUCAAGUUUGCAGUCCAGUGUUAAUGAAUAGGCUAUUCUAGUGAUAUUUUAGUGAAUGGGCUUGUUCAGUUAAAACAGAUGUUUGCAGAAAGAUAGUAAAAUAGCAUCUAGUUUCAGAUGCAGAGGAUUUAUUUUUUCAAAGUCUCAUAAAAGGCAGAUUUAUGAUAUGUUACAGUUACACACAUGGGUUUGAAUCUUGUCUCUACACACAGGAGUGUUCAAGCAUAUGUAAUUUUAAAAAUGUAUAAAGUGUUAUGUUGUGCUGUAAUUGUUCUUUUAGUUUGGUAAAUGAUAUACUUUGGUAUCUUGAUAUACUUGAGUGUGUACUAUUGCUGAAUCAUUCAAACAUGUUAGUAUCCAUAUUAAAACUAUAGCCUAUGUGUAUUUGCUAUUUUGCAUUUGUGUUAUUAUUCAGGGUUUAACAAAACACAAAAUUAUAUCUAAAAUGUCUAUUUUAAAGCCUCUUUCUGAAUAAAAUAAACUUGCUGGCUCA